UGUGUAUGUGUGUAUGUGUGUGUGUUAUGUGUGCCAUGGACUCAGCCCAGCUAUAUUGACAAUAGGGUGAAACGCUGUAAUCGCCCUAAAUAAAACCUCAAUUAAAGAAACAAUCGGGAAGGAAGAGUAAGCCGGAAAGCACGGAUAAACACACUGGAUUUCUACCAAACAUCAGGAAAUGUGUUUAUUUUAACCGUGUACCGUACUCUUCUUUUUUUUUUCUUUUUUUUUUUUUUAAUGCAUCCAUUGAUGGGACACGGAGGAUUAUUUCACUAGAUGGUGUUGUGAGGAUUGGCAGCUUUAAAGCCAACACUGCAUAUUUUUUUUCCUUUGCGUUUGUCUGUUUUUCAACAGGACGCAGAUUUGGGAACAUAUUUGUUAAGUAAAUAAAAAAUAAUAAAAUAAAGUGUUUAUACGGGAUCACUCCUCCUAAUCACCUCCUUCGUUCCCCCGAAACACAGAGGAUCAAAAGGGCUAUGUCCUCAGCAGCCACCUCGCCACCGUCAGUGGACAAAGUGGACGGGUUCUCCCGAAAAUCGGUCAGGAAGGCCAAGCAGAAGCGCUCGCAGAGUUCCUCGCAGUUCCGCGCUCAGGGCAAACCCAUCGAGCUCACUCCCCUCCCUCUGCUCAAAGACGUCCCUGCUCAGGAGCAGCCGGAUUUGUUCCUGAAGAAACUGCAGCAGUGCUGCACCUUGUUCGACUUCAUGGACACGCUCUCUGACCUGAAGAUGAAAGAGUACAAGCGCUCGACGCUCAACGAGCUGGUGGAUUACGUGACGGUCAGCCGAGGCUACCUCACCGAGCAGGCCUACCCUGAGGUCGUCAAGAUGGUGUCCUAUAACAUUUUCCGCACUCUUCCACCCAGCGACAGUAAUGAGUUCGACCCAGAGGAGGACGAACCCACUUUAGAGGCUUCGUGGCCACAUUUACAGCUGGUGUACGAGUUCUUCAUCCGCUUUCUGGAGAGUCAGGAGUUCCAGCCCAGCAUUGCCAAAAAGUAUAUAGACCAGAAAUUCGUCUUACAGCUUCUGGAACUGUUCGACAGCGAGGACCCGCGGGAGAGAGACUACCUGAAAACAGUCUUACACAGAAUCUACGGCAAAUUCCUGGGGCUGAGGGCUUUUAUACGAAAACAGAUCAAUAAUAUUUUUCUACGUUUUGUUUAUGAAACCGAGCACUUCAAUGGAGUAGCCGAGUUGUUGGAAAUUUUGGGAAGCAUCAUCAACGGCUUCGCUUUACCUCUGAAAGCUGAACACAAGCAGUUCCUGGUGAAAGUGUUGAUUCCUCUGCACACAGUCAGGAGUCUCUCGCUCUUCCAUGCGCAGUUGGCGUAUUGUAUUGUACAGUUCCUAGAGAAAGACCCCACAUUAACAGAACCGGUCAUUAGAGGACUUCUCAAGUUCUGGCCAAAGACGUGCAGUCAAAAAGAGGUGAUGUUCCUCGGCGAGCUGGAGGAGAUCCUGGACGUGAUCGAACCCACGCAGUUCGUGAAGAUCCAGGAGCCGCUGUUCAAGCAGAUCUCCAAAUGCGUCUCCAGCCCUCACUUCCAGGUGGCUGAGCGAGCGCUGUACUACUGGAAUAACGAGUACAUCAUGAGUCUUAUCGAGGAGAACUCCAACGUCAUCCUGCCCAUCAUGUUCACCAGCUUGUACAGGAUCUCCAAAGAACACUGGAACCCGGCGAUCGUAGCUUUAGUGUACAACGUCCUGAAAGCCUUCAUGGAAAUGAACAGCACUUUGUUUGAUGAACUCACUGCCACCUACAAGUCCGAUCGCCAGAGGGAGAAAAAGAAGGAAAAAGAGCGAGAGGAAUUGUGGAAGAAGCUGGAGGACUUGGAGCUGAAGAGAGGCCUGCGGAGCGACGCCAUUAUUCCCACUUAACGCUGCCCCGCCUCUCGCACCGCUCCUGGAACACACUCCCACAUCACCGGCCACGCCCACACAGGCCUUUUUUUUUUUUUCUUUUCUUUUCUUUUUUUUUUUUCCUUUUUUUUCCCCCUCUUCCCAUUUAUGUUUAUUCCCUUUUUUUUUCCUCCUUUCUGUAUUGUGCGACUUACUUUACUGUAGAUUUCCGUCGUCUCUUUCAUUAUUUCAACAACACUGUAAAUAUAUUUUUUUUUCCCUGCUAUAUUUUUUUUCCCAACGAGAAUAUUACACUGAAAAUGAAAAAAGGACUUUAAAAAAAAAAGAAAAAGAAGAAAACCCCCCCCCCCGGAGAAAAAGAGCUCGCUCGUCCGAGUGGGAGCGAGAGAUGGACUCGACCGGAUAGUAGGAUUUGAAAUGAACUGCUACUGUGGAGAGAAAACGAAAUCAGCUACGAAACCGAAACCCUCACCUCUAUCGUUUGAGGAAAGAUCCGUUCCUGCUAACGCUCGUCCAGACACACUGUCUCACUCCUUCACACUCUCUCUCUCUCUCUCUCUCUCUCUCUCUCUCUCUCUCUCUCUCUCUUUCUUUUCUCCAUCCUUUCAUCUUGUCGCUGAUAAAUUUCCUCAGAACCUAUUAAGACCUAGCAGAAUCCUCAAAGUGGGAAGGCUGAAUGUUAACCAGCAACCACACACACACACACACACACACACUCUCUCAUCUCAUUAACAAACUUCUUUCCUAUUCUCUCGGUGCUGCCAGGAUUUUCCACUCAUUCUCUCUUGGGUUGGUUUUUUUGGACUUCCUCUCUUGAUUCUGCACCAGUCUGGCACUGGUACCAGUAAACUAACACACACACACACACACACACACACACACACACACACACACACACCAUUGCUGCGAAGACACCAAGGACCCAGCGUCCCUGCGCCAAACCUGAGAAGCUCGUAUCGUCCGUGUGUACGAGUGUGUGUGAGAGUUUCUUACAGUGUUAAAUAUUGUAACUGAAUGCAGCUCAUUGACCUGUUGUUGAUUGAUCUAUUAGAACCUUUAGCGCAUUUAUAAAUAUAUAUAUUUUUCUUUAGGGAUGGUCACAGAGUGUUAAAUAUGUAUUACUGAACACCACUCUCUGUUUAAUUAAUUAUUAUGAUUUUUUUUUUUCUUUCCUUUCUUCAUUUUUACUCUUUUAUUUUCAAACUUCAGCCUUCUGAGUUUUUUUUCUAGCAUAUAUAAGGAGAGAGAGUGAGAGAGUGUGAGAGAGAGAGAGAGAGAGAGAGAGAGAGA